CUCGGUGGUGCCGGGUCCUCCGAGCCGGGUCACGUGCCUCGCGAAAGCCGACGCGGAGUCGGAGGGAGGAGAAAUGGGCGGGAGGCUGGUGGCGGGAGGGUAGCUUGAGACCCGACGACGGCGAGGUUGUCAUGGAGCCGAGGGGCCGGACUCGCGCAUGCGCCACUGGACCCGCGGGUCGUCCGGUCGCGGAGCGACGACCCGGGUCCUAGAGGAGAAUGGAGUGAGCCAUACCUGGUUCCAAACAGAGGAUGUUGUGUGGAGUCGGAGUUCAGGAUCUUUGACGUGGAUUUGCAGCCAAGUUGGAGUAUGGAAAUGGAUGUGAAGGGGAAGAUGUAUAUUAGAGAUUUAGAUGCUAGAAGUCCAAGAUCAAGGUGCCGACAUGAUCCAGUGAAGACCUUCUUCCAGUCACAAGCUUCUUGCUGUCGUCAUGUGGUGGAAGGGGCUAGGGACCUCUCUGGAACCGCUUGUCAGGCACUCAUCCUGUGAGAUGAAAUCCUCAUGACUAAGCCAUCUCCCAAAGGCCCCACCUCCUAGCACCAUCAUCUUUGGGGGUUAGGAUUUCAAUGUAUGAAUUUGGGGGGAGGGACACAGACAUUCAGAUAUAGCACUUACCCAGUUACAUUAUCAUUGUUGUUUUCCCUGUUGGCCACCUGAUUCCUUUAUCCCUUCAGCAUCCUUGUGUUCUUACCAUGUGGCCCUUACAGCUGCCGUUCCUUGGCGAUUCGAAGGGCCUUGUUAAAAUACCUGGAAUGUUCUCAGCCUCUGCUGGCUCAUUGAAGGGCUCAUUGGUCUCAUGCUUUGCACUGUUAGCCUAGUUCUGGAUUUGCUGUGGACUAGCUAUGUGUCACUGGAUCGAAGCUAGGCUUCUUUCCAGGAAGAGGGCAACCAGGUCUAUUUGAGUCACUGUACUCCCAUUCCUAGCAUGAUACGUGGUUUAUAGCAGGCACGUGAUAAAUAUUUUUACGUGACUGAAUGUAACUUAUCUGAGCCUCAACUUCCUCCUCUGUAAAAUGGGAUAGCAACUGAGGAGGAUGUUGUGAGGCUCAGGUGAGAGACCCUUAACAGCAGUAAUGUUAUGGGCAUUUAUGGAAUCAGAGCACUAUUGUAUAUGAUCUUAUUUGUGCAUAAAACUGCUUUUUAAGCCAAAAUGUAACAUGCAUGUAUAAGGGGUUGUUUUCACUCUGUUCAGUACCUUGUCCAAAGCAGUGAAAGGUUAAUUUGAGAAACUACACUCUGGGAGGUGCAGAACAUUGGGGACCUACAGAUGUGUCCUGGGAAGCAAGCCUGGUCCAAGAGGGCAGUGAGAGGACAGACGGUGAACCUCGUUUUGGGUGGAAACCGUUCUACCAUUGAGUGAACUUGUCGCCUUUGUCAGCUGAGACCUCUGAGAAAAUGCACACAGAGGAAGUGGGGCACUCCAGAUGAAAAGAGUACCGAAGCGUUCACUUCCAGCCCAGUAAAACAUGGAGAGGAAGAACCCAUCCAGAGAGGGCCCUAGGAGGCUCUCGGCCAAACUCAGCAAAGGCACAGAGAUGAAAAAGGUGGCUCGUCACCUUGGCAUGGCAGCAGCUGAGUCAGAUAAGGACUCUGGAUUUUCAGAUGGGAGCUCAGAAUGCCUGAGCUCGGCGGAGCAGAUGGAGUCCGAGGACAUGCUGAGCGCCUUAGGCUGGAGCCGAGAAGACAGGCCAAGGCCGGGCUUCAAGCCUGCGAGCAGUGCCUUCCCGACACUGUCCCCCAUGGUUGUCAUGAAGAACGUGCUGGUCAAACAGGGCGGCAGCUCAUCCCAGCUCCAGUCGUGGACCGUCCAGCCCUCCUUUGAGGUGAUCUCGGCACAGCCGCAGCUCUUAUUCCUUCAUCCACCUGUGCCGUCUCCCGUCAGCCCCUGUCACGCUGGUGAAAAAAAGUCGGACUCCAGGAACUACUUGCCCAUUCUAAAUUCUUACACCAAAAUAGCCCCACACCCAGGCAAAAGGGGCCUUUCUCUCAGCCCGGAAGAAAGAGAAGGUGGAACGCAGAAGAAGGUCUGUACUGAGAGACUGGGGCCAAGCUUGUCUUCUCGCGAGCCAACCAAGACUGGCACUGUGCCAUCCAGGCCCCCGACGCCAGCGCCCCCCAGUGCCAGGCUUGCCGAGGACUCAGCUCUCCGGGGUGUGCCAUCCCUGGUGGCAGGUGGAAGUCCACAGACUCUUCAGCCUGUGUCCAGCAGCCACGUGGCUAAAGCUCCCAGCCUGACCUUUGCUUCCCCCGCCAGCCCCGUCUGCGCAUCAGACAGCACGCUGCAUGGGGUAGAGAGCAGCUCCCCGCUGUCCCCACUGUCGGCCAGUUACAGCUCACCUCUGUGGGCCGCAGAGCACCUCUGCCGCAGCCCGGAUGGCUUUGCGGAGCAGCGGCAGAGUAAACACAGGCGCUUUCAGAAUACCCUGGUGGUCCUGCACAAGUCUGGUUUGCUGGAGAUCACUUUGAAAACCAAGGAGUUGAUUCGUCAGAACCAAGCGACUCAGGUGGAACUAGACCAGCUGAAGGAGCAGACCCGGCUGUUUAUAGAGGCCGCCAAGAGCAGGGCUCCUCAGGCUUGGGCCAGGCUGCAGGCGUCCUUAACAUCAGGGUCAGGUCACACUGGCAGUGACCUAGAAGCAUUCUCUGAUCAGCCAGACAUAUAACAUAGAAGGCAAAUUUUCCUUUUACUUGAGUGAUUCUUUUGAACUCUUUUACCAUCAUCUUCUGUUCCCCAAAGCUUUCCUUCUAAACUUAAACUGUUCAGCGGUUCACUUAUAAAGCCACAUGCGAAUACUGGGCUGCUGUUGUAACCUGUGGUUUCUGCAGUUUUCCUUUGUCUCCAUUCCACUGAGGACCUCAGAUUUGGGUGUCCUUGAGUCCCUCUUCCUUAGCUUGUAGGCGUUUAGAUGGAUCCAGGGCAAAGCGGGGGAGAUGAGCGUGUGGGACCUUUCUCGCUGUCACCUCCCACCAUCCCACUCACUAACCAUGAUCACGAAUGCAGUGACACAGGUGAGCAUAGAGUGACACCUGUCAAGCCAAGGAGUAGGUGACAUACAGUGCCCUUCGUGGCUCCUCCCUUUAAGGUCAUAGUCACAGAGGAAAAUAACAGGAGGGUGUUUGCAUUCCACAAGGCAUUGUGCCCUUUGGAAGAAACCUAAAAUGCUUUGGGCACUGGUUGAUCCUUGGGUGCAAGCACUUAAUCACUUAAAGCUUCGUCUUCUUAAACUUGAAAGUCAAGGGGAAAGGGUAGUGCCAUUUAUCUCUUAGACUUUAACCACAAGCCAGAUUUUUCUUCACUUAAACUGGUAGUCGAAAUACUUCAGAUUUGUAAAGUAUGGAAUGGAUUUUGGACCAUCUGGAACUACAAUUGAUGAACUGCUUUUUUGAAUUAGAGUCUGAAGAAGGGAGAAAUGGCUAGUAUCUCUUGGUCAGGAGCCAAAAGUGUCUGGUAAUUUAUGCUUUUCCCCCCCUUCUUUUGAAACAAUGCAACCUGUGUUAUGUGUGAAAAUCUUAAAGACAGCUUUACGAUUCCCGAUAGUGUAAUACAAGUCAACCUUCUGCUGCCACCUUUUUUUCCCGUUUGUUUUUACAAAAGAAGAAAGAAAUGAUUAUUAUGCUUGAUAAACUUUGAAUUAAAAUCAUUGUAAGUUUAUGACCUGUAAGUCCAGAAAAAUCGGAAAACAUUCUUGUUAUCCAUUUUUUCUUCCACAUCCAGAGUUCUCAUUUGUUGUCCCACAUCACAAUGAUGUGGAGCAGUCUUCCGUGUUUCUUUUGUGCAUUGGGGAUUUUGGCAGCAAAGCCAAAGGUGUGGUGGGCUUUAUGAGGUCCAUCUAGAAACAGAGUAUUAUGAGAACUUACAGAUGAUACACACACACUUUGAGCCUCAUUGUAAACUGAUUUCUAAGUAGUAAUGUUGCCAACUUUUUAUCCUCCCAUUUAAAAAUUUCAUUCUCUUGAAAAUCUUUGUACAGAUUACCUUAAUAGGAAGUUCUGUAUGACCAACUUAAUCUUUCCUGCAAGGAAAAUGUUCUCUGAAGGCCAGAAGCUAAUGCUCAUAUUUCCUAGGUAGUUGUAACUCUAACAUAGUUUUAAAAUUACAAGGCUUCGAAUUGCCUGCAUUUUGUUCUCUAACACAUAUGAUUUAGACAUGACCAAUUUAGAAAUAAACAACUCAGUAAAAUCUCUAGACUCUCCUGAUUAAUGCAGAAUUACUACCUGCCAUUUGCUUCCUGAAAGAAUUUCAAAAAUCGAGCAAAUGUGUUUUUAAGCAGACUCAGCUCCUUUUAGUAUUUUUCCCUUGGCCCACUCCCUUUUCCUCCCCUGAAUCUGUGUGGUGCUAUGGCAGCUCUGCUCUGCACACCAUGCUAGGAAGCUUCCUUUUUGGCAGAAUAUGUUUGGCAGGAAAGCCAUAGAGACAGGUGCAUUCAGAACAGCCUGGGCACCAGUCAUGAGUCUUACUGAGUCAAAAAUCUGAAUACGCUUGCUGAGAACCAAAUUUAUUCCAUCGGAAAAACCCUCUGUGGAGCUGUACGUCUCUUGGACUUGUCUUCCUAGAUUAAGUUUUGCAUUUCCCCCAUCACAGUAAAAGAUGAUGAAAGCCGUCAUUGAUCCUCACUGCUGAGUGGCAGGAGAAGCAGCACCAGCCCCAGCUCUUCUCUGAUCUUGCAACUUAGUGCUGAAAGUCUCUCUAGGCUGUUAGCAUGGGUGUUCUUGCCCUAGUGGAGCAGUAUGCAGAUGAAUGAAGCCAAGCAGAGAAGCUAGAUAGUGGAAGGGGAGACCAUUGAGGCUAGCAGACAUUUGGAGCCAGAAGCCACAUCGGCAAAUGGAGGAGCCUCGGAAUUGACCAGAAAGAUCUCCGUUGGUAGCACAAGGCUGUAAGUAGUGAUGGUCUCCGUGAUGUGUGGCUUGAUCUGGUAUGAAAUACUGUGGAAAAGCUGUUUUCUGAAAGUGAGAAGCCAUUCUUAGCUCAAACCAACCCUUAAGAGAAGUUUUGGCAGAUGGUGUGGGCAGUAUUGAAACACACCCAGGAAAAGCCGCUGAUUGAAGUGGUUAUGAGAAUGGGUUCAGUGACAUUUGUAAUUUAUUAUGCUCCUGUUGCUUUUUAUUGAUUACGGUAUUGUCGGACUUUACUAUGAUUCCUUCGGCAGAGAAGUAACUCGUGCAUAUAUUGGAGUGUUUUUCCAGUGAAUUCUUUAGGGUAGAGGUUUAUUUACCAAAUGUGAAUACUUUUGAGGAAGUUUGAAGUUUUGUAGAAAUUGACUGUGAAAUGUCAGAGAAAAAUAAAAGUCACUUACUUGAAAACUA